UUCACUUGCUGCUGUUUGUAUUUUAUGCAGUAAUAGUUUUAUUUUAAUAAAUUAAGCUGGAUUAAACUAAUCGUUUUGAAUCGAAGUGAAAUAGGAGUCGUAAAGUGAAUAUUGCCUGUUGAUCUUUCGAUGUGGUAGAUGUCGAACUGUCACUUGUGAAGAAUGUGGAAUAAUGUUGAACUUCUGCUGAACGAGGACACGAACACAGUCCGUCUGUACAGCGAUGCCGAACAAGAGUCCGGGAACGCCUUAUAUCAAGUGGACACCCUGGUUAAAAUCUCAUCCUCCGAAAAGGUGUUGUCUAAUCCCAAAGUGUAUGCUUCCAGUAAUCCAAACUGCUGUAUUGUUGUGGCCGACAACGCUGUGGUUCUCUUUGAUCCUGGUUUUCAAACUGUUCUGAUUCACUUGUAUUUUGACACUUUGGUAGAUGCAGUCACCAUUUGCCCCCAAGGACAGUUUCUGCUGGUCGGAGAGAGAAAUGGCAGUCUGCACAUCAUUUUUGUCCCUCUGAAAAAGACUGUGCUUACCAAAUCACUGCAACAACAAAAUCCCUCUGAUGGUGAUGCAACAACCUUUAAGAGCUUGAUAUUACAUGAGACACCUGGAUCCCCAGGAAUGUAUGAUCUCUUCUUUAUCGUUCACAAUGGUUUCCUACACAUAUCCAAUCUCGUUUUGGGAAAGAUCCAGAGAGCAAUUGAAAACACUGAUCUGGGGGCCUUAAAUGAGAUCCAAGCGAACAUUGUCUUGAACUUCUACUCAACCAAAGAGUUUCAUGAAGAUGGCUGCAUCUCGGCAGAUCUGGUUUGCUUUGGAAGCACAAUCCACCUUCUGAUUGGGGCUGAUGGCACAAAUGUUCUUUCUCAUUGGAGCCUGGGUCAUGGUCAAACAUCACUGAUUCUCACUAAUGCCCUUGACUCUGCUUUAAUGCCAGGGGUGAAGAAAAUUCAAGUUGUGGAUAAUUUGAUUUUUGCCCUUAACGAAGAGGGCAUGCUCAGCUUGUUGGACUUGCACUCGUUAAUCAUGCUUUGCUGCUGGCCGGAUCAAUACAUUGUUGAUUUUUUGCUGAUAUCAGAUAGAAACUCCUCGUCUAUUACACCGCAAGAUGACAACAGCAUGAAAAUCAUGACCUUGGCUGUUGAAGAAAAUAAGGCUCACGCUAAGAAGCUUGUGGUACAGUCAUUGCCGUCUAUGGAGGUUUUCUACUCCCUAGAAGUUUCUACUGAAUCUUGGUUGAUUCAAAAGGGUAUCAGUAUGGACACAAUCUAUUUGCUGGAGGGGAUUUUGGUGGACACAAGCAGUUGUAAAGAUCCAGUGUCAACUGUUGUGAUAAGAUGCUUCACAGAGGCGCUCCCAGAGAACAGACUGAACAAACUUCUGUACAAGCACAAGUUUGAAGAAGCAGAGAAAUUUGCAAAAGCCUUUGAGCUUGACGUUGAGCUGGUGUAUAAGGUUAAGCUCAACGUUGUGCUGGAAAAGCUUAUCUCGGCAACAGGCAGUGUUCAAAGCCGUGAAUGGACUGAGCUUACUGAAGAGGCUAAAACCAACCUGAUGAAGAUUAUGGAUGAGCAAUUUGUGGUGCAGUACUGCCUAACUGCAUCCUGGCCUACUCUCAGCAUAGCUGAGGAGAUGUUAAAUUAUGCCUCGAACCGUUUCCCAUGCUGCCAGAUCCAAAUGGCCCUAGCUAAGCUUGCCACCUUCUCCAGCAUGUAUGGACCCAACAGCUUUGAGGGUGUCACAUGGAUUGAGUUUUUGAACAGCACAGAUUAUCUCAAAGACAUCCUCGUUCUUCUGAAAGAAGGAAAUCUUAGUGGAGCGCAAUACUUGUGGCUACGACAUCAGGGUGAGUUUGCGGGUGUGUUUGACGAGGGCUCGCUGCAUGCUCUGCUAGGCUCCAUUUCAUCUGACAUACCGUCACAGGACCUGAGUCUGUGGUUUAAGGGUGUGCUGGUUCCAUUCGUGUGGAGAGUGUUGCCUAAUGGACAGAAAAUCCUCGCCAGAUGGUUGGAGCAGCGUGCAAGGAAUCUAGAGUUAACAGAAAAGAAUGACUGGCCUCAUAAUGGACUGACCCUGGCUAAGCUUGGCUUGCCCUCCCUCUGGACAUCUAUGGGUUUGGAUGAAGAUUGUGGUGCAGAGGAUGUGCAAAAUCUUCAGUCACUAGUAGCAAACCUGCGUCAGCUGUGUGACCUCUACACUAAAUAUAACUGCCACCUUUCACUUUCUGAUUUUGAGAGGGGAAGCACUCGUAGUAUGGCAUUUCUUAUGCUGGAUAAGGUUCAGGCUCCAGAGCUGAUUCCUGCAGUAAUCGAGAGCAGUGUCAGACCAUACGCCCUCGAGAACAGACUGGAUCUGGAUCAGACUCUACUACGCUAUAUCAAGGACCUGCUGGACUGUUGCAGUUCUCAGAUCACCUCUCUCUUCACUGAAUGGGAAGCCAAAGCUGUGGCUGUAUUACACUGCAUGACAGACACUAAUAAGGUGAUGGAUGCUGUGAUAGAAAUCAUGUAUAAAGCCGUUGUGCCCUGGAGUGACACCAUAGAGAAACUUGUUCAGCAGCACUUGGAGAAGGAGCAUCCAAAACAAGAGCUUCUGCAAGAGGGUUAUAGACUGAUGGAAAUAAAGAAACUUCUCAGAUGCUAUGGAAUUCGCAGCUUAGCCCUGUCUAACUCUCGAGAGAUCAUGAUGCUUGUAAGACACAUUCUAAAGCAGGAUCUGCCCACUUCACUUGAGGACUCUCUGAAGUUAGCUGAGGCCUACAAACUCCACCCUGCCGAAAUCCACCAUCUUCACUGCAUCCACCUCAUACAGAGUAAUGAGAGGGAAAAGUGCAUCGCACUGUUGAAGAAUUUGUCCCACGUAGAGGCAGAAUUUGUAAUUGAGCGUAUGGCUUGUUGGGCAAGACUUGAACUUCAAGACAAGCAACACCUUUCUGAAGAGCACAAGAAAUUGAAAAUGCUGAUAGCACAGAUUAUGGUGGAAGCUUUGAAGUUCCUGCAGAGCAUUCAGACAGAUGAUGCCUUCAAGAGAACAGAAUCUGAGAACAAUCUGAAGAUGUUCACAGCUAUUGCUCAUCUACAGGAGGACUUUGACAUCUUCUUGACGCCAGAGGAGUAUGACGAUCCAGUGGUGAGACACAAGUUCAACCAGCAGCUCAUCACUGCAUAUGAGAACACGCAGGCAUGGCGGCGCUCUGGAAAACAACAUCCUGACAAGGUUUCCAGCAACCAAGCGGAUGGCAACGCAGCAGUUGCCAAUGAUCCAGAUGGUAAGACGAAGACGCUCUCUACAGAAGCUGGACUCCACCGGCUGGCCAGGCAGCUGCAAAAGACUGAGCAGGAGCUUUGGGCAGACCUGGCAUUGAGAGCUCUGGAAUCUGGUGUUGUAAAUAAGGCCCUGCAUAUCCUCAGUGAGCUGUACCAGCACCACCCGAGUUCCAGCACAGGACGAGUUCUGUUCAGCACUGCCCAGCGCCUCUGUCAGAUGUUGGAAGAGAAUGUGCCCAUGGUUCUGCCUGAGAAAGUGAACCUGCCUGCUGUAAUCCACGGGCUGGCCUGUCAGGCUGUUACCAUCUGCCACAGUGACCUUCUGCUUGACUGUUUGGAGUUGUGUAAGAGCACCAGAAAUGCGGCAGAUGUCUAUAGACAGUGCGAGAUUGAAGACUUUGGAUUUUUUGUUAAGGAUUCUGCAUUGCGUGGUGAGCAGGAUGCGUACACUGAAUCCAGUUUUCAUGAUGUGUUUAAUGAGGACUGCAUUGUACUGGAUCCAGUGUCAGUACUUCCACUCCAGUAUAAAAUCACUACUAAUUUAUUGCCACUGUCUGACUCCAGGCUUUAUACUUUUGGCUGUUCCUGUCUGUCAUACUGUGCUCUCAAAGAAGGCACUGAUUUGGUUGGCCCUUUGCUCAAUCCCAUGGCCUCUAUGUUACAAACGUUACAGGAGUGCAGUCAGCUCGAACUGGCUCUAAGACUUCUGAUGGAGUCCUAUGGCAGUAUUCUACUGCACUUUGUCUCUAACAACAUGGACAUCUCGCUAAGCAUGAAGCUUCACUGUAACAGUCGCAUGGCCAGAGACAAACAGACUCUUGACCAAAUAGAGAAAACAGUUCUUUCAUCUGUCAAUGUGGUUUUGGUCUCCUUGUUACAGAAGGUGCUCAAUUGGAAAGUGGUUGACUCUGACUUGGCCAUUGGACUUUGUACAGUUUUGUCCAAAGCGACAGUUGUGGAUAUUUUAUGGAAGAUGAUUACCAGUGCUUGGCAAAAUUAUGAGAAGAUUAAGGCUGUUGCUAUGGUGGGAGCGCAUCUGAGUUUUCUGUAUAAGGAUGAAGAGGAGAGGAAGAAGUUUCUGUCUGUAAUCACUGAUGCAGAUUGGGGAAUUCAACUCGGCAAACUUGGGGUUUCCAUUCAGUCUGUGUUUAGACAGUGCACUGAGACGAAGAGAAACCUAAUUCCUACGCUUGUGAAAAACAAAAACAUUACUCCUGACAUCAUACUGCGCUACUGCAGCACAUUUGGUCUGGACAGCGAUUCUGCAAUCAAUUUGUACAUAACCACUCUACUGCUGCAGGAGGAUAGGUGGUACGAGAUGGAGGAAGUUAGAGAUGAUAACCCCAAAGCUCUCUUGCAGGGUUAUGAGUCAGUGCUAGAGAAUGAUGACAUACUGGAACGUGCCCUACAGAUUGUACCUCAGCUCGGCUCUACCAGAGACCUUGUAAUCAGUCUCAACACAGCCCUGACCAAGCUAAGUCCUUACAACUAUGAGCGGAUAGAAAGAGUGCUGAAAACCAUUCAGAUGGCUGAUGAGAGCACAAAUCUGUUACCCCUCGGCCAGAUGAUGGGGUUACUUCAACACUUGAAGUCACAUAGAAGAAUUUCUCCUCCCACUGACCUGGAGAGCUCAUAUCUUCUGGAGAACUGUCUAGAACCCACUGAUCUGGCCAACACCCGCCUGCCCUUUCACCUGCUGUUCCAGACCAACCACGCUUUCUGGAAAAUUAUUUCUCCAGAACUCAGUGAGGACUCUUUACCCACACUUCUCCUCAUCUGUAAACUAUUGAAGGUUAAUCUUGAUAAGCUGUAUGUGUUGGCUGUGAACCAUGUGUUCAAGAAGAGUCUUUUGCCUUUGCUGAUGGAUCAGUCAAAGCAAAUCCAGCAUGUUGAUCAGAGCAGAGAGAUGUCCAGUGUUACUGAGAGUAUCUUUAAACAUGCACUGUGCAUCCAAAAUCUGGAACUCGCUGCAGCCACAGUCCAUAAGAUUGCCCAGGACGUUCCUGCAGGUGCAGAAAAGACUGUUUUCUUGAAGUUCAGUCUUGAGCUUGUACACAAGUUGCUCAAGUCCGAUUCUCUGCAGGAAACUUUGCAGACUCGAGGAGAGGCCCUCAUUUCUAAACUGCAGUUGCAGUAUCAGCGCUCAGCGACAGAGAACACUCUCCUGUCUUCUCAGCUCUGCUCUCCAGAGCUCCUCAAGCUCACAGGGCUGCCGGGGCGUCUCAUUGUAGCCCUUUUUGAGCAUAGUUCAGUGCUGGAGCGCAUGAAGAACCCUGCUGACACUACUUACCCUGACAUUCACAAAGUGGCCAAAGAAAUUGCUUCCAUCAAUGGUGUUGACCUUCUAAAGAUCCGGAACAUUCUUCUGGAGAAGUGGCUGUGCGGAACGGGGCAGUCUAGUGGCAAGGACAUCAAUCAUCAGGACUACGUCACUGAUCUAAAUGAUGACCUUGAUCUCAUGAGGGUUGUUUAUUUGCUGCAAAUGCACCCCAUUGAUAUAGGUGCUCGUUUACUGAGUCCAAUCCUGACAGCACAGACAUGGCCCCUGGGUGGAUCAGGCCUUCGUUUGACAUUUGAGCACCGCAGUCGUGCUCUGCUCUGUCUCACUCACUUAGCAGACGCUGCCACUUUGGAGGUGCUUUCCAACCAGCCCAGAGGCAAAAUCAAGUAUUAUUUGAAAUGUUACGUGUAUCUCGCUCAGUUGGAGGCUCUAAACAUUCCUUACACCCUGGAGAUGUUCAUCAGCAGCCCUAAAGAAGGCAUGAUCAAGGGUUUAUGGAAGAACCACAGCAAUGAACCCCAGGCUGUGCGUCUUGUGGCAGAUCUUUGUUUGGAGUAUCAGGUUUAUGAUCUGCAGCUAUGGAACAGCGUCCUGCAAAAACUUCUGUCUUUCAAUAUGACAAGCUACUUGCAGAAGGUUCUUGAAGCUCUCAUAUCAGUGCCCAGCCUUUUAGAGGGCCAAAGUUUGUCCAGAAUCUGGCGGAGUGUAAUUCAAGCCCCUUUCUUGACAGCAUCCCUUCCUCUCAGCCCUCAACAGCAAGAUAUAAUGUACAAGACAUUUGUCCUGUUACUAAAAUGCCCGUUUCUGUUGACCCUGGAUCUUAUUGCCAUUGCAAAACGCUUCUCUCAGUUCAGUCUUCAGGCAUUCUCUCUGGGCACGCUCUUGCUCAUACCCUGUGUCAACAAGAAAGAACCACAAAUUCAAAGCUUCCUGUUGUCUUGUAACCCUGCACUCAUCCUGGAUCAGGUGGAGGAAAACAUGAACACUGGAGAACUAGCCGGCAUUCCUGCACAGAUCAGAGAGACAGUGUUUGCAUUCCUCUGUGGAACCAGCCAGUCACAGACAUUAAUGAAGACCAAACACUUCAUGUAUCUGAAGAGGCACUUGAUCUCCAAGGGUCACUGUGAAGUAGUGGAGGAACUGCUGCACUGCCUUGCAGGGCAGAAUGGUGAAGAGGAAGCGAUUUCCUUUGCUCAGGAAUAUUUGAAAUACAGAGUGCUGAAAGGAGGAGAAGCAGCACCUGUGAAGGAAUUUUUGGAAAAGGCAAUGGAAUCCAGGGGUACACAGAAAUCCAUAUAAGACUAACCACAUUGUAUUCAGGUGGCAAUAAUAUAGUACUUUCUAUGUAUAGGACAGCAAUAAAAUGUUGCAUGUUAUUUGCUUGCAAAUGUAAUACUUUUCCUGCUUUUUAUAUAGAAUUAAAUUGUUGAAAAUUGUUACUUGUAUUCAUAAUAUUUAAUAUUUCAAUACACAAGUGUUUUUUUCUAGAUUUUAAUGUAACAAAUGUAUGUUUUGCUAGUGCCUGCUUUAAAAUAAUUGGUUGUUCUUUUUAAAGUUUUUAUUUUUAAUGUUUAUAUAGGACCAGCUUAGAAGGGUUCUUCAAACACCAAGGUGCUAUACACUUAGAAAGACCAUGGUUUUGAUUAAAUCAUUAAUGAAACCCGCUUUAUCCCUAACUUGAAGAGUAUUUUAUUUGCUUGUUUUCAAAGCAGAUGCUUUCAGUAGCAUCUUAAAUUGAAUUCUGCUCAAAGCUAAUGUGUGUAAUUUCUGCACCUCCAUAUUGGAAUUUGCAAAUAUAAACAUUGUUUUCAAAUAGCUAUCUGAAUAUAUCUGCCAUUGAUCAAUCAAACAGAUUGUCCUGCUGGCACCACUGGUUGAGUCAGUGUUGUUGUGUCUGACUGGACAGGAUACUUAAACUUUUAUAGCACCACAGAAAUUUUGAGGAUAUAAAUCUUUCAUGAAUAGGUAGACCUACCUUAAAACUGUUUUGUUAAAACACUAUACUAAAAAAAAUCCCUUUUCUAAAUCCCUUUAAAUAAAAUAUAUUUUGCUUGGAAUGGAAGAACAUUUUUACUCCCAUCAAGGCCUAGGACUGUUGGGACUGUUGACUUGAGUGGUAUGGAGACCUGUUAUUACUGGAAUAGAUAGUUUGUGGAACAUUUGUGGGUCAAUCAGAGAUGUGUUCUAUGAGCCAUAAAUAAAAAAAAUUAUAUUUUCCUCAUCUCAUGGAAAAGAAAAUGAAUUCUCUGGAAAGGCAUGGUUA